AUGAAGGCGGUGGGGCCACAAGCUGGCGAGUGCGAAGGCGCCAACUUCGAGAACAGCGACAACGUCAUCACCAUCGAAAACGACAACGGCUGUGGCUUGGCCAAGUACGACUACUCCGUUGAAUACUGUCCGGACCAGGACAAUCUUAUCAUCACCAUGGCCAAGCCCUACAACGUGGCGGUGGUCCUGACGAGCCAAGCCUGCCCAGCAUCUGGUGAG